AUGACUCAAGCCGGCGGAGAAUCCCAUGAUAAUAGAACCGCCACAAAUGGCACGAACGACCAGAACGACCAGAACGGCACAAACGGCCAGGCUCAUGAAGCGUUUGUUGACGGCUCGGUAGCAAUCUCUCCAAAUACCCCGGAACUAGUCCCGGGUUUACUUGACCAGAUUGCCUCCUCUGGUAAGACCCUUAGUUCAGGUGUUCCAAAGGCUCGGGUAGAGCUCCUCGAUGCUGCUCGAUCACUCGUCUAUGCUCUUGAAACUCCGAGGGAGGCAAUGAUAAGAUUCUGCUGGUCGCAGUCUACGGCUUAUGCCGCCGUGGAGACUGGUAUUGAUAUCGGCCUCUUCACCGUCCUUUCCAAGGAUGACAAUCCUAAAACUGCCUCCGGGCUGGCGGAAGCCGUUUCGGCGGACCGAAAACUAGUCGCCCGUCAUCUGAAGCACUUGGGAGCUAUGGGUGUGAUUAUCGAGACGGGACCAGAUGAAUACCGACGCACUGGAUUUUCGACUUUGUUGAGCCUGCAGCGAUACAGCGACGGCUUUCAUUGCAUGACCGCUUGCGCCACUGCCGCUAUACAUGCCCUUCCCGCCUACCUGAAGAAGAAUGGUUACUGCAACCCUUCCAAUGGCAAAGACUGUAGCUUCCAGAUUGGAUUCAACACUGAUCUUCACUUCUUUGAGUUCCUCAAGGAAACACCCGAGGCUGCCAUCCAGUUCAACAACCACAUGUCUGCUUAUCACCAGGGCCGUCCCAGCUGGAUGGAUGUUGGAUUUUAUGAUGUACCCGGUCUCAUCAAGCAAGCGAAUACCGGUGAGCAGGAUGUUCUGUUGGUCGAUGUAGGCGGCAACGUGGGCCACGAUCUUUCCGAAUUCCGUCGCAAAUGGCCUAAUGCCCCCGGGCGUCUGGUACUCCAAGACUUGCCGGAAAUUAUUGUCCGGGCGAAGACUGUGCCACUACACUCGUCAAUCGAGCUCGCGGAGCACGACUUCUUCACGGAGCAGCCGAUUCAAGGUGCUCGUGCUUACUAUAUGCACUCCAUCCUUCAUGACUGGACCGAUGACAACUGCCGGAAGAUCCUCAAGAACCUCAUUCCCGCCUUGAAGCCCGGAUACAGCAAAGUCUUGAUUAACGAGAACGUGGUUCCCGAGAUGGAUGCUUACUGGGAGAUCACCAGUCUGGAUAUUGUUAUGAUGUCUCUCUUUGCAUCCAUGGAGCGCACCGUUGACAACUGGCACACGCUGCUGGAGUCAGUUGGUUUGAAGAUCACCAAGAUCUGGACAGCUGAGAGAGGCGUCGAGAGCCUGAUUGAAUGUGAAUUGGCCUAA